AUGGCCUCCCUCGGGGACCAGGUGCGCACCUGGCAACGGGGCGUGCAGGCCGUGGCGUGCGGGGACUGGCCCGGCGCCCUGCACUUCUUCCGGGAGGUGCCCUCGUCUAAGAUGAGCUUCAACGUGGGCUGCGUGCACUUGCUGGCUGGGGACCCCGAGGCUGCGCUGCGGGCGUUUGAUGAUGCAGUGACUAAGGACCCCUGCCUGGCCAUCGGUUUCCUCCAGCGAGGGGUGGCCAACUUCCAGUUGAAGAGGUUCCAGGAAGCCCUGUCUGACUUCCGGGUGGCACAAGCACAGCUCAGGGGCAAUACGGCCAUCGAUUACACACAGCUGGGCCUGCGGUUCAGGCUGCAGGCCUGGGAGGUGACACACAAUGUGGCGGCUGUCCAGUGCCAGCUGGGGCUUUGGGCUGAGGCAGCCAGCAGCUUGACGGAGGCCAUGGCCAAGCGGCCAGAGGGAUCCUCUGAUGGCCUGGACAAUGCCCUGAGCCAGGUGCAGGCCCGGACCCCACUGCAGCUGAGGCAGGUCCCCAGGGGUGAGGUCUUCCGGCCCCACAAGCGGUACCUGGAGCAUCUGGAGCCUGUGGAGUUCCUGGGCAAGGCCAAGGUGAUGGCCUCGCAGGAGGGCCCUAGCCCAGAUGUGCAGCCUCCACAGCCACAGCUGGGCCCUCAGGACCGUCCACUGCCAAGGGAAGGAAGAACUGUGGACGCUGUGAGCCCGCUCAACUCCCCCCAUACACACUAUAAUGGGACAGGGUCGGGGGGCGCACUCUGCCCUCCCGGCACUGCUGAGGAAGACCCCGAGGCCCUGGUGCCAGUCACCGUGCAGUGUGUGUUCACCGUGGCGCUGAGGGUCCCACGGGGAGCUGACCUGUCCACCCUGCGGGCUCUGUUGGGUCAGGCCCUCCCAUCCCAGGCCCAGCUAGGCCAGCUCAGCUGUCCAGCCCCAGGUGAUGCCAGCUCCUGGGUACCCAUCUAUGGGGAGGAGUCGCUGUGGAAGGCAUGGCAGGCGGCCGGCCCUGGGGGACUGCGGCUCCAGUGCAAGGGCGCCGGGGGCCGGCCCGUGCUCUACCAGGUGGUGGCCCAGCACCGCUACGCAGCCCAGGGCCCUGAGGACCUGGACCUGUUGCCCGGGGACAAGGUGGAUGUCCUCUGUGAAGUGGAUGAGGCCUGGUUGGAGGGACACCGCGAUGGCCACGUUGGCAUUUUCCCUACCUGCUUCGUGGUGCCAGCUGGCGGGCGCCUCUGAGGAGCCAAGGAGCGAGAGCAGAGUGAAUAA